GCAGGGGGGGCUGCAGGGGUUGGGGGGGUCUCACCAGGGUGCUUUGCCCCAGGACCCCCUGCCCCGGGCUCUGGGUGGGUGAGGAGGUGAUGGGUGCUCUUUUCCACCCCCCAGCUGUAGGAUCUGGCUUUCCAGAACCCCGGUGGGUGCCCCCCACAGCCCCCCCCCGCCGCCCCCGCUGCCUCCUCGGGGCCCUCACGGCUGCCCUGGCGCUGUCCCUGGUGCUGUGUGUGUCCUGGUGGGUGGCAGAGAGGGCACAGCCCGAGGCGACCUCGGGGUGGGGGAACACCUCCCUGGGACCCCCCUGUGCCAGCCUGGACGGCACCUUCAGGGAGCUGAGGAGGAUCCUGUGCCCCCCGCGAGAGGCCGAGGGGUGCAGGCUCUGCCCCGUGGGCUGGAUGCUGGGCAGGACCAAGUGUUACUGGGUCUCGGAAAGGAUGAACUCGUGGCCCGGGAGCCGGGAGGACUGCGGGGACCGCGGGGCCGCGAUGGCGAUGCCGUGGGACAAGGACGAGCUGGUUCCCGCAGGACCUCGGGGAGGGUCCCGGAGCCUGCGGGGCGCUCAAGGGGGACAGGAUCGACCCCCGCGCCUGCGACACGGGGCUGCAGUGGAUCUGCCAGACGGAGUCCGCCCGGAUCUGAGAGUCUCCAUCGCACCCAAAAUCCACCGUUAAUGCGGGAAAAAUCCCGAUUCCCGCGGGUUCGGCGGCUCCCGGGGCACGGGCAGGACCGCGGCCGGGGAAAGUCGGGGGGCGGGGGAGGAGAAACCGAACCGCGGAAAGAAUAAAAACUAAAAAUAACUCGUAAAAUCCACU